CACUCUAACCGCAGCGAGCAGUAAUUCAAACUACGAUAGCAGCAGCUGCAGCAGCAGCAUCUCUAGCAACAUGACUAUUGCUACAUACCGCGUGACCGAAAUAGACUGGUGUUUAUUUUUGAACUCGAUUUGUUGAUAAUAAUAGGUGCAAGAAUAUUAUUGUUGUUGUUACUGCGGCGUAAAAUUCAAGAACGAGAACGAGAACGAGAACUUUGGAUUUACAUGUGUUUUGUGUGAUGUGUCAGGGUGUCUGCUACCGGCUAGGACAGUCCUAUGUGGUGUGUUUGUGACAACGUUCGUCUCAACUGGCUUCCUUGAAGGUUCCUUAUUUUUAUCUUAAACAUGAAUAACGAUCAUUGAAUGAGGAGUACUGUUAAGUUAUUUAAUAAUUGAUUGAUACGUAUUCAAGCGAUUGGAUUGUGGUACAAACGCUUUGAACAUUCCUCCUCAUAGCAUGGCCUCGGUCGCCGCUUGGCUCCCAUUCGCGCGGGCGGCGGCCAUCGGAUGGGUCCCGAUCGCAACACAUCCCUUACCACCGCCCCCCAUACCCAAAGAUCGACGGAAAGCCGACGACGAGAAGUUGCUAAUUAAUGUUUCCGGAAGAAGGUUCGAAACCUGGAGAAACACUCUGGAAAAAUAUCCGGACACUUUGCUGGGAUCCAACGAACGAGAGUUCUUUUAUGAUGAAGACGUCAAAGAAUAUUUUUUUGACCGCGACCCCGACAUUUUUCGUCACAUCCUGAAUUACUACCGCACUGGUAAGCUGCAUUACCCAAAACAUGAAUGUUUAACCAGUUACGAUGAGGAAUUAGCCUUUUUUGGCAUAUUGCCAGAUGUUAUUGGUGAUUGCUGUUACGAAGACUAUAGGGAUCGGAAGCGAGAAAACGCGGAGAGGCUUAUGGAUGACAAAUUGUCGGAAAAUGGGGAUCAACACUUGCAGCAACUAACUAAUAUAAGACAGAAAAUGUGGAGAGCGUUUGAAAAUCCACACACAUCUACGGCCGCAUUGGUAUUUUAUUAUGUUACAGGUUUCUUUAUUGCAGUGUCUGUGAUGGCCAAUGUGGUUGAAACGGUACCUUGUGGUAGUAGACCAGGUGGUGCUGGCUCUCUUCCCUGUGGUGAGCGGUAUAAAAUUGUAUUUUUCUGCUUAGACACCGCUUGUGUUAUGAUAUUCACGGCAGAAUACCUAUUAAGAAUGUUUGCAGCACCAAACAGAUAUAAGUUUGUACGUUCAGUGAUGAGCAUUAUAGAUGUGGUUGCAAUUUUACCAUACUAUAUAGGACUAGGAAUAACCGACAAUGAUGAUGUGUCGGGUGCUUUUGUAACCCUUCGAGUGUUUAGAGUGUUUCGUAUUUUUAAAUUUUCAAGGCAUUCACAGGGCCUUAGAAUUCUCGGUUACACAUUAAAAUCUUGCGCUUCCGAGCUUGGCUUCCUGGUAUUUUCGUUGGCGAUGGCCAUCAUUAUAUUUGCUACGGUUAUGUUUUAUGCUGAAAAGAACGAGGGUAAAACUUUCACAUCCAUUCCAGCUGCUUUUUGGUACACUAUUGUAACAAUGACAACGUUAGGGUAUGGUGAUAUGGUACCUGCAACAAUUGCAGGCAAAAUAGUUGGGGGUGUAUGUUCACUCAGUGGUGUACUCGUAAUUGCCCUUCCAGUGCCUGUUAUUGUAUCCAAUUUUAGCAGAAUAUAUCAUCAGAAUCAAAGGGCAGACAAACGAAAAGCACAAAGGAAAGCCCGUUUGGCUCGUAUUCGCAUAGCCAAAGCUUCUUCAGGUGCAGCUUUUGUCAGUAAGAAAAAAGCGGCUGAAGCCCGAUUAGCAGCUCAAGAAUCUGGAAUAGAGCUUGAUGACAAUUAUAGAGAGGAAGAUAUUUUUGAAUUGCAACACCAUCACUUGUUGCGAUGCUUAGAAAAGACUACUGAUAGAGAAUUCGUUGAAUUGGAGGUACCAUACAACGGUCAUCCUAAAAGACCCGGAUCACCGUCGCCUUUAGCAAGCCCCGCACACUCUGCUGUGUCAAUUGGACUGUUUCAAUCUUGUUGUGGAAGAUGCUGUCCUAGAAGGUAUCAACAUACGUGUGGAAAAUACAUGCCGGCUGCAUCCACAGCUCAAGUAAAUCAAACAGGCAGUGGAAUGGAUGGAACUUAUCUCGUAGAAGCCUCCUUUUGAACAUAUCACAAGUAACAUAUUGAGGACAUGCCACGAAGCUUGGAUGAACGAGUAUAAAUUCAUCGAAAUACAAACAAAUAUAUAUAGCGAUAAUAAGUCUCGUACAGUCAAAAAGAUUUUGCAUAAAAUCGGAAUAUGUUACAAACAUAAAAUGCAAUGGUUUGGUAGAUUUAUAUAAAAUUAAAUAGCUAAAAUAAUUUUAAUAACAUAUAAAAUUAUUUUAUUCAAAACAUAAAUAAAUGGGCUAAUCAAUAACUUAAAUCAUUAAAUUAUAUCAAUAUAUGGUACGUUUGAUCAUUUAUAUAAUAAUUAUGUCUUUGCUAGGGAAAUUAAUUUAAAAUGUAUUAUUAAGAAUGUAUCUUUUAAAAUAAAAACAAUGAUCUUUAGUGAUUAUAUCAUAAAAAAAAGACAUUUUCAGAGUAGCAUCGAUCUGGCGGUGGUGCAUUCGACUAAAUUGGUAACAUCAGAAACAAUAUAAAUAAAUAGGUUUAUUAAAAAGUAUUUGUUUAUAUUAUAGAUUUAUUAAAAUGUAAGAUAAGUUCAUAAUUACCUAUUAAUUUAUUUUUUGUUUAUAAAUAUUGUUACACAAAAUAUUUAUGGUAUGUAAAAAAUACAUAUUAAUAUUAAGCGGAUUUUAUUAUUAUGUUAUGAAUAUUGACAUUAGUGAUAUCAAAUAUAAUGUUUUGUUAUAUUUGCCACCUUUGUAAAUAUGAAGGGAAAUCAACAAAAGGUCUUAUGUUUUAUAUAUAAAUGAUAUGUAAGAGGAAAAUUUACAUUUUUUCUCCUGACAGCACUGAUAUCGUUUACGAAACACUUGUUAGGUUUGUAAUAAAACGUUUUGUUGUGACGGUGAAACAUGAUUUCGUUUAAGGUUUACAGUAAAGGUCUCAGUAUUCCAGAAUUAUCUUAUUUGUAUUAAUAGCUAGACAGCGAAUAUUUCUGCAUAACAAAUAAGUUUACUAGCACUAGACCUGUUAGGCUUUUUUUAACUUCUUUUUAAACCAAUAACGAUUUUGGUAAAAAAUAAUUUAUAGAAAUAACUUGUUAACGCAAUUUUAAAUUAGUUUAGUUUAAAGGUAGCUUAAAAUGUUCAUGUUAUUUUUACAUGGUAUUUGCCUAUUUUUGGAAAUACCAAUGUACAUGUAACUAAAAAUAGUAUAUAGUAAAAAGUGAAUAUUAUAUGCCUAUGUAUUCUUGUAAUUUGUCUUAUUGUUAUGUAAUGUUAUUACACAUUAUUAAAAACAAAGGCAGUUUACCAAGAUAAAAAAAAAGAGCAUAGAGUUAUAAUAUAUUAUAGUAACAUGCAUUUUUAACAUCGUCAAAAGAUCGUAUAGGUAUUUAUUAUUAGAUAUUGAUAAUUUUUUUUUAUAUGGUGCUAUAGUAUUAAAUAUACUAUUGCUACGCUUAUACUAUUAAAUGCAAUGUUAGAUACUUGCAAUUAUUAUUUACUCGAUAAAUAACUAAAUAUCAAGAUUAAAAUUUAAAUAUUUUUUUUAAGUUUUUCGAAAAGCUUUAAGAGUAAUGAACGUUUAAAGCAUGACAGAAACUAAAAGCUACAAAUAUCUGUACACACUUUAUAAAGGAAAAAUUAUGUUCUGGCCUAACAAUAGUUGAUAUUUGGCAAUUAUGCCCACCUUAGUCAAUAUGUAAAAUCCAAGAUAAAAAUACAAAAUUUCUUAAAGUUGAAAUCACUAAUUACAUUAAUAUAUAAUAAAACAAAUGUACGAUGUGAUUUUAAUCAUUAAUCAAAAUAAAUGAAUCCCUUUCAAACCAUUAUUAAUACUUCUCUGUGAGAGCUUAAAUAAAAAGUCAACUGACAGGCACAAUAUCAUAUAAUAAUAUUUAUUAUCAUUUGAUUGGAAAAUGACACAGAAUCAAUGUACCAACUGUUGUAAACUAUACAAUAGUUAUAAUUUCUCUUUCUGAAUUGUAACCCCUCAUAAGAGAGGCUUUUCGAACUCUGUCCUAUCUAAUCCCUUCUAAUUACUCUGUACCUUGUUGAACAUAUUAAUAUGAAUAAAAAUUAUUAUAUAUUA